UCAUGAGUUUUGUCGACACACAUUAAUGUUUCGUUCCUGUCGUUUGACUGCAGGAGUUUGUUCCGAUUAAAAAUGACGAAAUUUUGACGAUGAAGAGGGCGUUAUUAUUUUUACAGUUGAAUGGAACUCUUUUGCAGGCAGUCGCGAGCGCACUUGUGUAACUGGCUAACAGAGAAAUGGUCACGAGCGCACUGGUGUAACGAGCUAACAGAGAAAUGGUCACGAGCGCACUGGUCUGGUGUAACUAGCUAACAGAGAAAUGGUCGCGAGCGCACUGGUGUAAUUAGCUAACAGAGAAAUGGUCUUCCUGUGCGAACCGGCGCUGGUUCGGACUCUUUCGGAGCUUUUCGUGUUCAAAGAUGGAUUCGGUAGCGAAAGCUCUGGAGGAAGUUCUGACCUCCGCGCUGCCUCAGGGCGCCAUCACUGUCGGUGUGUACGAGGCUGCCAAAUCUCUCAACGUAGACCCGGAUAACGUGGUUCUGUGCGUCCUGGCCACGGACGAGGACGACGUGAAGGACGUGGCUCUGCAGAUCCACUUCACACUCAUCCAGGCUUUCUGCUGCGAGAAUGACAUCAACAUCCUGAGGGUCAACAGCACCCGGCGCCUGGGGCAGAUUCUGGCUGGAGGGGGGAAGCAGAGUGGGGGGGAGCCUCUGGACCUCCACUGCGUUCUUGUCAGUAGCCCACACUCAACAUCGUGGAAAGACCCCGCCCUGAGCAAAGUCAGCCGCUUCUGCAGGGAGAGCCGGGGCAUGGACCAGUGGGUGCCAAUCAUCUAUCUGCCCGAGCGGUGAACCGCCGGGGGCAAAGACCUGCCUAAAAGCAGGAGUGGUGUGAACCCCAAGGACACAUUGUACCAUCCAAAAAGGUCCAAUUCUGGAGGAAAAGAACAAAAUCACAAAGCAAGAGGAAGUCAGAGUUAAAAAAAUGAAGGGUGGGAUUUCCUCUGUGAGCAGUUCUGUUUGGAGUAGCGACCGUCAGCCUUUAUGAGCGAGAUAACCCGUGGACGCGCUGGUGUCGCCGCAAGUUAGAGACGAUAAACGCUUUAAUGUGAAGCUGGGCAGAGGACAGACGGGCCUCUGGGCGGGUCUGAGCCAGAACAUGCAGCUGGGAGUGGACCCCGGCUCGGGCCUCUGCAGACACAAGGCACUUGUGAAACACUGGACCUUCAGCCGUUUCAACAGGAUUCCAGUUUUCUCCUGUUCACCAUGAAGUUUAGCCUGUUCAAGAAGGAAAACGGCUUCAGGGAAGACUUUGUGUUCAGUGUUUCAUUUACCUGCUGUUUUUGCAACAAAUGAACUAGUUUCUUUGUUACAAUUUAAGUUAUUUUAAUUCUAUUUAAAUGUAUUUAUGUUGUAUUUUCUACCAUUUGAAGUUUAGAAUACAGAACAGGUGUUGCUGUCAAUAAAAGCCGUUUUUGGAAGAA